AUGGCGGAGGGCCAGCAGCAGACUCCGGUGUCUCAGCCGGCUGCCCAAGCUCCUCAGCAGUCCCAGAAAAUUCCUGACAUCAUCCGCGGAUAUCGCCCUUGCAAGUCCUUCAAAGGCUCCAAGUCGGAUUCGUCGUCGAAUUAUGUGACCUCCCUGGACUUCGAUGACCAGGGUGACUAUCUGGUUGCUGCCGGCGACGACGAGACCAUCCAGAUCUUCGAUGUCAAGGAAGGCAAAUCUACCAAGUCGGUUCCUAGCAAGAAAUACGGUGUCCACCUAGCUCGAUUCACCCAUCACUCUCGCCAGGUGCUUCACGCCAGCACCAAGGUCGACCAUUCUUUGCGGUUGCUCGACCUUCACAACGAAGGAUAUGUGCGCUAUUUUUCUGGUCACACAGACAAAGUCACAUGUCUAGCGAUGUCCCCAGGCAGUGACUCCUUCAUCUCAUGCGCAAAAGACGACACUGUCACUGUAUGGGAUCUUAAUUCCCGCAAUCCACAGGGUAAGCUUAAACUAGCGACCCCGUAUCUAGUGGCAUUCGACCCGUCGGCCUCGGUUAUUGCGAUUGCAUCGCAGUCUACCUCCUCCGUUCUUCUCUAUGAUUUCCGCAACUACGAUAAGGCCCCCUUCUCCUCAUUCGAUCUUGCUCCGUUCGAGGAAAUCUACACACCUUCGACUCGCGGACGUGCCUGGACUCGGCUGGAGUUUUCCAACGAUGGAAAAUUUUUGAUGGUUGCAACCGACUACCAUGGACACUACAUAUUAGAUGCUUUCGAGGGCACGGUCAAGGCUUUUCUCCAGGGAAAGAGCGGAUCGCCUGGCCGCGCUGCGCCAGUCUCAACUACUGGCAAGCCUUUGAGUCAGGGUGAUGCUUGCUUCACCACGGAUGGGCGCUUUGUGAUUGGUGGCAACGGGGAGCAGCACGAUGUGCUAGUAUGGGACCUCAAUGAUGUGCGGGAGGGACGACAAAGCAAUGCCGGAUUGCAGCCAAUGACCAGGCUGCCUCAUCGUGGCCGGACCGCUCUCAUUGAAUACAAUCCGCGGUAUAACAUGAUCGCCAGUGCCGAUAAGGACAUCGUGUUCUGGCUUCCCGACGAACCUCCGAGGCCUUCUGACAAGUAA